GGAUGGUUCCUCGUUGGUCAUAGUUUGGUGUCUUCAUCCCACCAGAAUCUACGGUUCCAAGGGAGGAUUUUCUGGGUGAAAAGUCCAGACUACUGAGGGACCAUGGCAACCUCCAGAAUGACUGCAAGGUCCCCUCGAGACAUUGCUAAUGUAAUGCAACGACUGCAAGAUGAACAGGAGAUAGUGCAAAAACGAACAUUCACUAAAUGGAUCAACUCUCAUCUGGCCAAGCGGAAUCCCCCAAUGAUGGUUGAUGAUUUGUUUGAAGAUAUGAAAGAUGGGGUAAAGCUUCUUGCUCUACUGGAAGUUCUGUCUGGGCAAAAAUUGCCUUAUGAGCAAGGACGCCAUAUGAAGCGAAUUCACUCAGUGGCCAACAUUGGCACAGCCCUUAAAUUCCUGGAAGGAAGGAGGUCCAUGUACAGAGGAUCACCGAUUAAGCUUGUUAACAUCAACUCUACGGACAUUGCUGAUGGUAGACCGUCCAUUGUGCUUGGCUUGAUAUGGACCAUUAUUUUAUAUUUUCAGAUUGAGGAGCUGACAAGCAACCUGCCCCAGCUGCAGUCGUUAUCCAGCAGUACAUCUUCUGUGGACAGUCUUGUCAGCUCAGAGACCGGCAGUCCACCAAAUAAAAGGAAAGUGGGAACCAAAAUCCAAGGAAAUGCUAAGAAGGCUUUACUGAAAUGGGUUCAGCACACAGCAGCAAAGCAGGCUGGAAUCGAAGUAAAAGAUUUUGGCCGGAGCUGGAGAAGUGGUGUUGCUUUUCAUUCAGUUAUCCAUGCUAUUCGACCAGAAUUGGUGGACUUGGAGAAAGUCAAAAGAAGAUCUAAUAGAGAAAAUCUAGAAGAAGCAUUUACUAUUGCUGAAGUGGAGUUAGGCAUUCCGAGACUCCUUGAUGCUGAAGAUGUGGAUGUGGACAAACCAGAUGAAAAGUCUGUUAUGACCUAUGUCGCGCAGUUCUUGAAGCUUUAUCCUGAUCCUCAUAAUACAGCAAUGGAUGGACAAGAAAAUGAUAGGGAAGACCGACUGAUGCUGAGGGAUCUGAAGGUCUGGGUGGAACAGUUUGAAAGAGACUUGACAAGGGCACAGAUGGUUGAAGCAAGUUUCCGGGACAGAUACCAGGCAUUUAAACACUUUAGAGUCCAGUACGAAAUGAAGAGGAAACAGACUGAACUUGCAAUACAGCUGUUACGUAAAGAUGGUAAAUUGUCUCUUGAUCAAGCUAUGGUGAAGCAAGCGUGGGAUAGAGUUUCCUCAAGACUCUUUGACUGGCACGUACAGCUUGAUAAAUCUCUUCCUGUGCCAUUGGGGACUAUUGGAACCUGGCUUUAUCGGACAGAAAUUGCCCUUCGAGAAGAUAUAGUCAUUCAGCAGGUCCAUGAGGAAACUGCAAACGCAAUACAUCGGAAGCUCGAACAGCAUAAGGAUCUGCUUAAACACGUAGAUGGCCACAAAAAGGUAUUCCAGGAGAUCUACCGGACUCGCUCUGUUAAUGGAGUCCCCAUUCCACCUGAGCAGCUAGAGGAUAUGGCUGAGAGGUUCAAUAUUGUUUCAUCUACAUCUGAAUUACAUCUAAAGAAAAUGGAGUUUCUCGAAUUAAAGUACCGUCUGCUAUCCCUGUUAGUACUUGCAGAGUCAAAAUUAAAAUCCUGGAUCAUAAAGUAUGGAAGAAGAGAGUCUGUGGAGCUACUUCUACAAAAUUAUAUUUCUUUUAUAGAAAAUAGCAAAUUCUUUGAGCAGUAUGAAGUAACGUAUCAGAUCUUGAAACGGGCAGCUGACAUGUAUGUCAAAGCAGAUGGCUCAGUGGAAGAAGCAGAGAAUGUGAUGAAGUUUAUGAAUGAAACUACUGCACAGUGGCGGAACCUGUCAGUAGAAGUAAGAAGUGUAAGGAGCAUGUUGGAAGAAGUAAUUUCUAACUGGGACAGGUAUAGCAGUAUUGUAGCCAGUCUGCAGGCAUGGCUAGAGGAUGCUGAAAAAAUGUUAAAUCAGUCAGAAUUUGCCAGAAAGGAUUUUUUCCGAAAUUUGCCUCAUUGGAUUCAGCAGCACACAGCUAUGAAUGAUGCCGGUAAUUUUCUUAUUGAAACCUGUGAUGAGACUGUGUCCCGUGACCUGAAACAGCAGUUACUUUUGCUAAAUGGGAGAUGGAGAGAGCUGUUUAUGGAGGUUAAGCAAUAUGCUCGUGCAGAUGAGGUGGAGCGAAUGAAGAAAGAGUAUCUAGAUCAUGUUACCACCUUGUCCAUUUACACUGCCGGUGCCAUUGGGAAACUUUCUGAAUUUUUAGAAAUAUCUUUUCUAAACGUCAGAAUUUUUAUCCAAGAUUUGGAGGAUAUCCAUCAGAGAGUGCCUGUGAUGGAAGCACAAUAUAAAAAGAUCACAAGGACUGCACAGAUCAUCACAAAGGAAAGCCCUCAAGAAGAAGCCAAUGAAAUGUUUGCAACCCUGUCAGGAAUCAAAGAUCAGCUAAAUAAGGUCAAAGAAUAUUAUCCUCCUCUACUCUAUGAAUCUCAACAAUUGCUGAUUCCACUAGAAGACUUAGAAAAGCAGAUUACAUUGUUCUAUGAGUCUUUUGAAAAGAUCAAUGAGAUCAUUUCACUCUUAGAUCAUGAAGCCCAGUCUACAGUCAUUUUUAAGCAAAAAUAUCAGGAACUGUCAGCUUGUCAAGAGAAGUGUAAGGUAACCUUGUCACGAAUUGAAGAAGGUAGUCAGACCAUCCAAAGGUUUGUGGCUUUGAGCAAAGUGAUAAAGCAUUUUGAUCAGACAGCACUCCAAAGGAAGGUUGCAGAAGUCCAUGUUGCUUUUCAGAAUAUGACCAAGAAAACCACUGAUUGGAGAAAGAAUGUAGAAACAAACAGUCGCUUGAUGAACAAAUUUGAGGAGUCCAGGUCAGAAUUGGAGAAGGUACUCCAGAAUGCUCAGUCUUGCAUAAAUGAGAAAGGAAAUCCUGAAGCACUUCUAAAGAAACAUACUGACUUUUUCAGUCAGCUGGAUCAGAGGGUCCUUAAUGCCUUCCUGAAAGCGUGUGAUGAACUCACUGACAUCCUCCCUGAGCAAGAACAACAAAGUCUGCAGGAAGCUGUUAGAAAGCUCCAUAAACAAUGGAAGGAUCUCCAAGCAGAAGCCCCAUAUCAUGUACUUCACUUGAAGGUAGAAGUGGAGACAAGCAGAUUCCUGGCUACGGUGGAAGAAUGCAGAGCAGAACUGGCAAGAGAGACCAAACUCCUGCUCCAGGAGAGCAGUGAAAGGAUUAUCAAGGAGCACAGGGUUUUCUUCAGUGAAAAUGGACCCCAGCAUCUCUGUGAGAAAAGAUUACAGUUAAUUGAAGAACUGUGUCUCAAACUUCCAGAACGGGACCCAGGGAGGACAGCAGCAGAAAGUUGUCGAAAAACUCUCCGAAAUCUUAAAGCCCAGAUUGACAAAACUUCGGUGAAAUUAAUGGAGCACCCAGAUAAAUGGAUAGACUACAAAACUAGAUUUUUGGAUUUAUCUUCUUGGAUAUCAUCAAAAGCGCAGCAGUUAAAACAGAUUAAACGUGAAGCCAAGGAUGCUACCAAAUAUGGAGAUAUUAAACCUGCUGCAGAGGGAAUAAGAGAAGAGGUCAGCAAGCAGGGAGAGUGCCUCAGCUGGCUAAAAUCUAGACUUAAAUUUCUGACGGAGGUUUCAAUGGCAAUGGAAGCAGAAAAGCAAGCUGAUGAGCUUUCUAAACUGUCCAGUGACUUCAAGAAAUUUGUAACUUCACUGGCAGAGGUUGAAAAGAUGUUAAGCAGCCUUGGAGAUUGUGUCCAGUACAAGGAAAUAGUAAAAUACUCCCUUGAGGAGUUAAUUUCCAGCUCUAAAAAAGUCCAGAAGCAAGCUGAAGCAAUCUUGGAUUCUGAAAACUUAUUUGAAGCCCAGCAAUUGUUUCUGCAUCAUCAGCAAAAGACGAAGAUGAUCCAGGCAAAGAAGAAAGAUGUACAACGACAACUUGCCAGAGGUCAGGGUGAGGGUGAACUUCCUAGGACAGUUCAAGAGGAAUUAAAGAAGCUCGAGGGUACAAUGGAGCAUAUGGAGCAGACCACAGAAAAACAGGAACGCCGGCUCCAAGUCACAAUAAGAAAAUGGGAACGCUUUGAAGCGAACAAAGAAACAGUGGUCAGAUAUCUUUUUCAAACAGGCUCCAAUCAUGAACGCUUCCUGAGUUUUAGCAGCUUGGAGAGCCUGUCCUCUGAACUGGAUCAGACUAAGGAAUUUUCUAAACGGACAGAAGCUAUUGCAGUUCAAGCUCAGAAUCUUGUGAAGGAAGCCUCGGAGAUUCAACUUGGCUGUAAGAAUAAGGAAGUCCUCCAACAGCAGGCCACAUCAAUCCAGGAACAAGUUAAAAAGUUGGAAGAUACACUUGAAGAAGAUAUUAAAACCAUGGAAAUGGUGAAAAAGAAAUGGGAAAAUUUUGGCAAUAAUUUUGAGUCCCUGUCCGUCUGGAUAACUGAAAAAGAAAAAGAGUUGGAUGCCUUGGAAACUUCAUCAUCUCCCCUGGAUAAGCAAAUCAGUCAAAUUAAGGGUAUAAUUAAAGACAUAAAUGAUAGAAUCAGUGAGAUUCCAGAUCUAGAAGAGGCAACUCAAUCUUUUGCCCAGUUUAUCACCACUGGAGAAUCUGCUCGCAUUAAAGCCAAGUUGACACAAAUAAGAAGAUAUUGGGAAGAGCUCAGAGAGCAUGGACAAUGUCUAGAAGGAAUGAUAUUGGGAAAUGCUUCACAACAGCAAAAGUUUGACGAAAGCUUGACAAAGGUCCAGCAAUGUGUGUCUGAAUUUGAAGCUAAACUUGAAGAGCCAGUUAUCUUAUGUUCUUCAGCCACAGAAACCUACAAGGUCUUCCAAGAGCACAUGGAUCUCUGUCAGGCUCUGGCAUCAAUGAGCAACACAGUUACCUCUUUCUCAGCUAGUGCCCGUAAAGUCAUCAGCAAAGACACAGCUUUUCAGGAGGCCACAAAUCUCCAGCAGAGAUAUGAGAGAACAAUUGGUAAAGCUAAGGAGAGACAAACUAUGCUAGAAAAUCUACUACUGCACUGGCAGAGGCUGGAGAAGGAGUUGUCUACUUUUCUGACCUGGUUAGAGAGGUGUGAAGCUUCAGCCAGUUCACCAGAAAAGGAUAUUUCUGCUGACAGAGUGAAACUGGAAGGGGAACUUCAGUUAGUUCAGACACUGCAAGAUGAAGUUGUAGCCCAUGCUUCACUGUACAGUAGCCUACUGCAAAUGAAAGAAUCUCUAUUCUCAGUGGCUUCCAAAGAUGAUGUGAAAGUGAUUAAACUCCAGAUGGAGCAACUGGAGGAGAGAUGGAGAGUUUUGCCCCAAAUAAUUAGCAAGAGGAUUAGUUUUCUUCAGUCUGUGGUUGCUGAGCACCAGCAAUUUGAUGAACUGCUACUCCAUUUUUCUGUUUGGAUUAAGCAGUUCCUUGCUGAAUUACACAACUCUUCUGAGAUAAAUAUUGUGGAUCAUCAAGCUGCUCUAGUUCGCUGCAAGGAUCAUUCAGUGGAAGUGGAAGGCAAGAAGGAAGAGAUGCUUAGUUUGAAGGGGCAUUUGGGAAAGUUAUGUUCCUUUAGCAGAGGAGAAGACCACCACAUUCUUCAAAGCAAAACAGAAGACUGCUUUCAACUCUUUCAAGAGGCUUGUCAGAUCAUCGAGAGGAGGCAGCUUGCAUUGACCCAGAUUGGGAAUUUCCUGCAGCUCCAUGCUUCAUUAUCAGGUGUUCUCCAAAGGCUGAGACAGACAGUAGAAGCAACUAGCAGUAUGGAUAAGGCACAGUCAGAUUUAUUGAAGAAGGACUUAAAUGAUGCUAUUCAAGAUACUAAAAAAUUAGAGGCUACUGCGAUUGGCUUAGAUGGAGUUCUUUCUAAAGCCCAGUACCAUCUUAAAAGCAGUACCUCUGAGCAAAGGACAUCCUGCAGAGCAACAGCUGACCAGCUCAGUUUACAAUUAGAAGCAAUCCAAAAUCUCCUAGGAACCAAGCAGGGUGAGGCAGAAGCCCUUGGACUACUAAAGAAGGCUUUUAUGGACCACAAAGAAGAACUACUGAAGUGCAUUGAGGAUAUUGAAGAAAGGACCGAUAAAGAAAGGUUAAAAGAACCAACACGCCAAGCUCUUCAGCAAAGGUUAAGAGCCUUUAAUCAGUUGGAAGAUGAGUUGAAUUCUCAUGAGCAUGAGCUGUGGUGGUUGAAGGACAAAGCUAAACAAAUAGCCCAGAAAGAUAUAUCUUUGGCCCCAGAAAUUGACAAAGAGAUAAAUCGUUUGGAAGUCACCUGGGAUGAUACCAAGACACUAAUUCAUGAAAAUCAAGGACAGUGUUGUGGACUCAUUGAUCUAAUGAGAGAAUAUCAGAGCUUGAAGUCAGCAGUAUCUAAGGUCCUGGAGAAUGCCAGCAAUGUGACUGUGAUCAGACCCACUGUAAAGGAUCAGGAGGACAUUAGAUGGACAAUAUCAAAGCAUGAAAUGGCCAAGAAUGAGAUGAAUGAGAAGCAGAAGGAUCUCAAUGACUUCACAAGUAAAGGAAAACGCUUGAUAUCUGAGCUGAAAAGAAUUCGCAGCAGUGAUGUCCUCCUGGUGAAAACAGAUAUGGACAGUACUGUGGACAAAUGGCUUGAUGUGUCAGAAAAGAUUGAAGAAAAUGUGGAUAGACUAAAUGUAAGCCUGUCCAUAUGGGAAGAUGUGCUUACAGCUAGAGAUGAAAUAGAUGGAUGGACCAAUAACUCUGUUCCACAGUUAAAUGAGAGUAUUAGUAACCUCAAUAGCAGCAUCAAAACAGAAGCAUUCCUUAAAGAAUUUGAGUCUGAAGUUAAAAACAAAGGACUGAAAUUAGAAGAACUUCAUUUGAAAGUUGCAGACCUUAAAGAAUUAACCAAGAAUCCGGAAACACCAGCAGAUCUUCAGUUUAUAGAAGCAGAUUUAAGGCAGAAACUGGAGCAUGCCAAAGAAAUGUCUGAAAUAGCCAAAGGAACCCUGAAAGAUUUCAGGGCUCAGACAACACAAUUGGAAAAGUGUAUUCAUGACACAACAGCCUGGCUGACAAAAAUAGAAGACACAUUGUUGUGUUGUGUGCAAACUCCAAAUUGUGAAGGCUUGAAAAAAAUGAGAGAAAUACAGAAAGAGCUCCAAAUUCAGCAGAACAGCAUUGAUUCAGUGCAGGAAACCCUCAACGGCCUGUGCCGCAAGUACCACUCAGUGGAGCUGGAGAGCCUGGGAGCCACAAUGACGGAGCUGGUAAAGAAGUUUGAAACUGUAAGCCAACUGGGUUCCAAAACCCAGGCCAGCCUGCAGGACACUCUGGAUAGGCAAUUCAAUGUGUCUAUGCAAGAAUUCCAGGAGUGGUUUUCUGGAAUUAAAGCAGCAGUUAGAGAGUCAUCGGAUAGAUCUGGGGACAGCAAAGCCAUAGAAGCCAAGCUUCAUGACCUUCAGAGGAUUCUCGAUUCGAUCAAUGAUGGGCAGAAUAAGCUUGAUACAGUCACCCAAGAAGGGCAAAAUUUGUAUGUGUAUUUACCCAAACAAAUUGUGAGUACUAUUCAGGAACAGAUAACCACAGCCAACGAAGAGUUUCAAGCGUUUCUGAAACAAUGCCUCAGAGACAAACAGGCUCUUCAGGAUUGUGCCUCGGAGCUUGGAAGCUUUGAAGAUCAGCAUAAGAAACUGAGUUUGUGGAUUCAUGAAAUGGAAGAAAGAUUAAGCACAGAAUCUUUGGGAGAGUUCAAACAGCACAUCCCUGAGAAGAAAAAUGAAUUCCAUAAAGUUGAAAUGUUUCUGGGAGAACUUCUAGCGGCAAGGGAAUCCCUUGAUAAGCUUUCUCAGCGAGGGCAGAUUUUAAAUGAAGAAGGCCACGGUGCAGGGAAAGAAGUACGCCUAGCGGCCCAACUCCUUACUGGAUAUCAAAACUUAGUCAAAAUCACGAAGGAGAAACUCCGAACGUGCCAGGUUGCUCUCCAGGAGCAUCAGGCUUUGGAAGCUGCCCUGCAGAACAUGUGGUCCUGGAUAAAAGACAUUCAAGAGAAGCUGGCCUCUGCUGAGAGCAUGGUAGGCAGCAAAGCUACCCUAGAGAAGAGACUAUUUCAAAUUCAGGAAAUCAUUUUAAUGAAAGGCGAAGGGGAUGUUAAGUUAAAUAUGGCUGUUGGCAAAGGGGAGCAGGCUCUGAGAAGCAGCAACAGAGAAGGUCAGAAGGUGAUUCAAACCCAGCUCCAGACACUACGAGAUGUAUGGGCUAAUAUCAUGAGCUCGUCUACCCGUGCUCAGAGCUGUUUGGAGUCUGUGAUUAGCCAAUGGAAUGACCACCUGGAAAGGAAAAGCCAGCUGGAGCAGUGGAUGGAAUCAAUCGAUCGCAGAGUGGCAGAGCCCAUACAGAGGAAAGCAAGUCUAAAAGAGAAGUUUUCCCAGUUAGACUACUGCCAGGCCAUUGUAUCCGAGGCUGAGGAACACACGGGGGCUCUUCAUCAUCUCACGGAAACGUCCAAGGAGCUCUUCGAGAAAACGGAGGAUGAUUCAUUCAAGGAAGCAAUUCAGGAGGAACUCAAAACUCAAUUUAAUGACAUCACAACCAUUGCCAAGGAGAAAAUGAGAAAGGUAGAAGAGAUCGUGAAGGACCACCUGAUGUACCUGGAUGCGGUUCAUGAAUAUACGGAUUGGCUCCACUCAGCAAAGGAAGAACUUCAACGCUGGUCAGAUGUGUCUGGAGAUUCGUGUGCUACCCAGAGAAAAUUAUCCAAAAUUAAGGAGUUGAUAGAUUCCAGACAGAUUGGUGCGAGCCGCCUAAACAGAGUCGAGUCUCUGGCUCCGACCGUGAAACAGAACACAACUGCCAGCGGGUGUGAACUCCUAGACACAGAGAUGCAGGCCCUGCAGUCCGACUGGAAGCACUGGGAAGACAGCGUUUUCCAGACGCAGAGCUGCCUCGAGGAGCUCGUCAGCCAGAUGGCCCUUUCAGAGCAGGAGUUCUCAACCCAAGUGGCCCGGCUGGAAAAGGCCCUGCAGGAUUUUAAUGCCCUUCUGGAAACCUGGUCCCAGCAACUAACCCUUCUGGAAGGCAAAAACACCGACAAUGAAAUAGUGGACUGCUGGCGCCAAGAAAAAGAUAUACUGGAGGCUCUGAGGAAAGCAGAACCUGUUACUGAUGAGCUCAAGGCUCAUUUAAAUGACCUUUGUAGAUUUUCCAGAGACCUGAGUCCAUACAGUACAAAGGUGUCUGGAUUAAUUAAAGAAUAUAACAGUCUUUGUUUACAAGCCUCAAAGAGAUGUCAGAGUAAGGAGCAGACCCUGCAGCAAAGAUUUCGCAAAGCCCUCAGGGACUUCCAACAGUGGGUGAUCAAUGCCAAAAUCACCACAGCCAAAUGUUUUGAUUUACCUCAAAGUAUAAGUGAAGCAUCAGCAAGUCUGCAGAAAAUACAGGAAUUUUUAUCUGAAAGUGAAAAUGGUCAACACAAAUUAAACACAGUGGUGUCGAAAGGAGAGCUGCUCAAUGGUCUUCUUUCAGAAGAGAAGGCUAAAGAUGUCCAGAUCAAAGUUGACAGGGCUAAAGAAGACUGGAAAAAUUUCCACUCUCAUCUCCACCAAAAAGAAUCUACUCUGGAGAAUUUAAAGAUCCAAAUGAAAGAUUUUGAAGUAACAGCCGAGCCUCUGCAGGAUUGGCUGAACAAAACUGAGAAGAUGGUGCAGGACAGUAGCAGUAGGCUUCAUGACCUACCCGGAAAGAGGAGAGAACAGCAGAAACUUCAGUCUGUUCUUGAAGAAAUAAACUGCCACGAGCCUCAGCUCCACAGGCUAAAAGAGAAAGCUCAGCAGCUGUGGGAGGGACAAGCUGCCAGCAAAAGCUUUAUGCACAGAGUGUCUCAGCUGUCUUCUCAGUAUCUAGCGCUAAGCAAUUUAACUAAGGAGAAAGUUUCAAGGCUUGAUAGAGUUGUUGCAGAACACACUCAGUUUUCUCUUGGUGUUAAAGAAUUACAAGACUGGAUGACUGAUGCAAUCCAUAUGCUGGAAUCAUACUGUCAUCCCACUUCUGACAAAAGUGUUCUAGACAGCCGAAUGUUAAAGCUGGAGGCUCUCCUCUCAGUGAAGCAGGAAAAAGAGAUCCAGAUGAGAAUGGUGCUGACAAGAGGAGAAUUGGUCCUGCAAAACACCUCUCCAGAAGGGGUCCCCACCAUUCAGGGGCAGCUACAGGCUGUUAAAGAUAUGUGGGCUGCUCUUUUGACCACGGGCAUUCGAUGUAAAAGUCAGCUGGAAGGAGCUCUUUCCAAGUGGACGAGUUACCAGGAUGAUGUCCGACAAUUUUCCAGUUGGAUGGACAGUGUUGAAGCCAGUAUCAGUGCUUGUGAGCGGCAGUGUGCAGAACUCCGGGAUAAAACUACAGCCCUUGGAAAAGUGAAGUUAUUGAGUGAGGAAGUUUUAAGUCACGCCAAUCUGCUAGAGACCAUUGAAAUGAAAGGUGUUGGCAUGACUGAACAUUAUGUAACGCAGUUAGAACUUCAAGAUCUCCAAGAGCGGUACAGUACUAUUAAAGACAGGACGAAGGAAGCAGUAACCAAAUCUGAGCGAAUCGUUCGUCUUCAUCAAGAGUACCAAAACGAUCUAAAGGCCUUUGAAGUAUGGCUGCAGCAAGAGCAGGAAAAACUUGACCGUUUUUCUCUUCUCGAAGGUGACGCUCAGACUCAUGAGACAGCACUUCGGGAGCUACAGGAGUUGCAGGUACGCUGUGCAGAGGGACAGGCAUUACUGAACACAGUCCUGCAUACAAGAGAAGAAGUGCUACCCUGGGGCAUCCCUCAAGUUGAGGAUCGGGUCUUAGAGUCUGUUCGACAGGACUGGCACAUUUACCAACAGAGGCUCUCUGAGAUCCGCACUCAAUUCAACAGCACAGUGAACAAACUGAGGGUGAUGGAGCAAAAGUUUCAGCAAGUUGAUGAAUGGCUGAAGACGCUGGAGGAGAAAGGCAGUAUCAGGGCUGGGCGGCAGUCAAAUAGAGCAACCAAGGAGAUGCAGCUACAGCAAAUGAAGAAAUGGCAUGAAGAAAUCACAUCCUACAAAGAUGAGGUUGAGGAAGUUGGAACGCGAGCUCAGGAGUUAUUAGAGGAAAGUCACGUUAGCAGCAGAAUGGGGUGUCAAGCUACCCAGUUAACUUCUCGCUACCAAGCCCUAAUACUUCAUGUCUUGGAGCAAAUCAAGUUCCUGGAAGAAGAAAUCCAGAGUUUGGAGGAAUCGGAACAGGCCUUCAAUUCUUAUGUUGAUUGGUAUGGAUCCACUCACAAGAAUUUCAAAAAUGUGUCUUCUGAGAUUGAUAAAGUGGAUAAAAUCAUGAUGGGAAAAAAAAUGAAAACAUUAGAGUUGCUUUUGAGUGACAUGGAGAAAGGUCACAGCUUACUUAAGUCUGCUCGGGAGAAGGGUGAGAGAGCUGUUAAGUAUCUGGAGGAUGGUGAAAGAGAAAAACUGAAGAGCGAGCUCCAUGUUCACAUGGAGCAACUGGAAGAGCUGGCCAGCACUGUCCGGCAGGAGCACACAAUUUUGGAGAAAUGUCUUCAUCUAGCAAAGGAAUUCUCAGAUAAAUAUAAAGUUCAAACUCAGUGGCUAGCAGAAUACCAAGCAAUACUGCAGACUCCAGAGGAGCCCAAAACUGAGUUGUAUGAGAAAAAAGCCCAGUUAUCCAAAUAUAAGUCGAUACAGCAGAUGGUGUUAUCAUAUGAACCGUCGGUAAAAUCAGUAAAUGAGAAAGGAGAAGCCCUUCUGGAGAUGGUGCAUGAUGCUACCCUACGGGACGAAAUUCAGAAGCUUCAGACUGAUUAUCAGGAACUGUGCAGUGCUGGAAAGGAACAUGUUUCUAGCCUGGAGCUAAAAGUCAGAGAACAUGAGGAUUACAACAGUGAACUGCAGGAAGUGGAAAAAUGGCUUUUGCAGAUGUCGGGCCGGUUGGUCACCCCAGACCUCAUGGAGAUCAGCAGCUUAGAGACCAUUACCCAGCAAUUGGCCAAUCACAAGGCAAUGAUGGAAGAUAUUGCUGGGUUUGAAGAUCGUUUGGAUAGCCUUAAAAAUAAAGGAGACUGUUUGAUCAACCAGUGCGCUGAUCAUCUUCAAGCUAAACUUAAGCAAAAUGUUCAAGCACACCUCCAGGGGAUUAAGGAUAGUUAUUCAGCGAUCUGCAGCACAGCUCAGAGGGUAUAUCAGAGUUUGGAACAUGAACUCCAGAAGCAUGUCAGCAGGCAAGACACGCUACAACAGUGCCAGGCGUGGCUUUCUACAGUUCAGCCAGAUAUAGAACCAAAUCCUCAGCCACCUUUUUGCAGAGCAGAUGCAGCUAAGCAGGUCAAACAAUUCCGAGCUCUACAGGAACAGGCUAGAACCUAUUUAGAUCUUUUAUGCUCAAUGUGUGAUUUAUCCAAUCCUGAAGUGAAGACUACAGCAAAAAACAUUCAACAAACAAAGCAAAUGAUUGAACAACAGAUAAAUCGCUCACAGACUUUGAAUCAAGGCUGGGAGGAGAUUAAACAAAUGAAGACAGAACUCUGGAUAUAUUUCCAGGAUGCAGAUCAGCAGCUACAGAAUAUGAAACGAAGGCAGGCAGAACUGGAGCUAAACAUCGCACAGAACAUAGUUUCCCAAGUAAAAGAAUUUGUUCAAAAGCUGCAAUCCAAGCAAGCAUCUGUCACAGCUGUCACUGAAAAGGUGAACAAGCUGACUCAAGGACAGGAGUCCCCUGAACACAAUGAAAUAGGUCAUUUAAGAAACCAGUGGAUGGAUCUAUGCCUACAGACUAAUAAUUUGCUCUUACAAAGGGAGGAGGAUCUUCAGAGAACCAGGGAUUACCAUGAUCGCUUGAAUGUUGUGGAAGUCUUCUUAGAAAAAUUUACUAAGGAAUGGGACAACUUGGCCAGAUCAGAUGCUGACAGUACAACUGUGCAUCUUGAGGCUUUGAAAAAAUUGGCAGAGGCCCUGGAAGAAAAAAGGUACGCAAUUGGAGACUUGAAAGACCAGAAGCAGAAAAUGAUGGAUCACUUGAAUCUGGAUGAUAAAGAACUAGUCAAAGAACAGACUAGGCAUUUUGAGCAGCGUUGGUUUCAGCUGGAAGACCUCAUCAGAAAGAAAAUCCAAGUGUGCAUCACCACGUUGGAAGAGUUAAACCUUGUCCAGUCCAAAUUUCAAGAUUUAAUGGAGUGGGCAGAAGAACAACAGCCUAGUAUUUCUGAGACCCUCCAACAUAGCCCUCCUCCAGAUCUAGCCCAAAAUCUUCUCAUGGAUCAUCUUGCCAUUUGCAGCGAACUGGAGACAAAACAGAUGCAUCUAAAGUCUCUCAUCAAGGAUGCUGAUAGGGUCAUGGCUGACCUGGGCCUUAAUGAAAGGCAGUUGAUCCAGAAGGUACUCUCUGAUGCUCAAAGUCAUAUGCAUUGCCUCACCAAUUUAGUGGACCAGAAGAGAAAAUUCUUGAAUAAAGCUGUAUCUGAGAAGACUCAGUUCCUCAUAGCAGUGUUUCAGGCCACCAGUCAAAUUCAGCAGCACGAGAGAAAGAUAACGUUCCACGAACACAUCUGCCUGCUACCAGAUGAUGUGGGCAAACAGGUUAAAACUUGUAAAAGUACUCAAGCCAGUUUAAAGACCUAUCAGAAUGAAAUUACAGGACUUUGGGCUCAAGGACGAGAGUUAAUGAAAGAAGCAACAGAGCAAGAGAAGUAUGAAGUGCUAAGCAAGCUGCAGGAACUCCAGAGUGUCUAUGAUGUGGUUUUGCAAAAAUGCAGCCAACGGCUGCAAGAACUGGAGAAAAAUAUGGUUUCCAGGAAGUAUUUUAAAGAAGAUUUUGAUAAAAUGUGCCACUGGUUGAAGCAAGCAGAUAUUGUUACUUUUCCUGAAAUUAACUUAAUGAAUGGCAGUACUGGGCUUUACUCCCAGCUGGCAAAGUACCAGCAGAUUCUUGAACAGUCUCCUGAGUACGAAAACCUUCUCCUGACACUGCAGAGAAGUGGUCAGGAGAUCCUACCAACACUCAAUGAAGUGGACCAUCCCUACCUCGAUGAAAAGCUGAGUUCCCUUCCUCAGCAAUUCAGUGUUGUUGUUGCGUUGGCUAAAGACAAGUUCUACAAGGUUCAGGAAGCAAUUCUUGCUCGGAAAGAAUAUGCUUCUCUGAUUGUUCUGACGAUCCAGUCUCUGAGUGAGCUAGAGGAUCAGUUUCUGACCAUGGAUAAAGUCCCCAAAAGCUUGUUAGCCGAAGAGGCCUUUACACUUCAGGAGGGGUGCAAAGCUCUCCUCAUAGAGGUCCUGAGCCUGGGGGCAGCGGUCGAUGAACUCAACCAAAAGAAAGAAGGUUUCCGCAGCACGGGCCAACCAUGGAAGCCAGAAGAGAUGCUUCAACUGGUUACUCUGUAUCACAAGCUGAAAAGACAAGUGGAACAGCAGGGGAACUUGUUAGAAGACACCACCAGUGCGUGCCAGAAGUACGAGGAUUUGUGUCAACAACUGAAGAAACAACUGGAGUCUGUGAGGAAAGAGCAGACUCAAGUGAAUGAAGAGACAUUACCUGUGGAGGAGAAACUGAAGGUGUAUCAUUCCCUGGCGGGUAGCCUGCAAGAUUCAGGAAUUCUCCUAAAGCAAGUGAAUGAACAUCUUGAAGACCUUUCUCCACAUCUUGACCCUGGAGCCUAUGAAGCGGCAAGCCACCAAGUCCAGUCGUGGCAAGAGGAGCUGAAGUUGUUGACUGCUACCAUUGGGGAGACGGUAAUGGAGUGUGAAAACCGGCUGGUUCAAAGCAUAGACUUCCAGACAGAAAUCUGCCGCUCACUUGAUUGGUUGAGGCGGGUGAAAGCUGAACUCAGUGAAACGCUGAACUUGGAUCUGAAACUUCAGAAUAUUCAAGAAGAGAUCCGAAAAGUUCAAAUACAUCAAGAAGAAGUGCAAUCCAGCCUUCGAAUAAUGAACGCCUUGAGCAGCAAAGAAAAGGAAAAGUUCAUGAAAGCAAAGGAACUGAUUUCUGCUGAUUUGGAAAAUACACUUGCUGAGCUCUCAGAACUGGAUGGUGAAGUUCAGGAGGCCAUUCGCAUUAGACAGGCCACAUUGACUGAAACCUAUAGUCUGUGCCAGAAAUACUACCAGGUUAUCCAGGCUGCUAGCGACUGGCUUGAGGAUGCCCAGGAGUUGUUACGGCUAGCUGGCAACGGCCUAGAUGUUGAGAGCUCCGAAGAGAAUCUUAAAAAUCAUGUGGAAUUUUUCAGCACAGAACCACAGUUCCAUGGUCUCCUGGAAGAGUUACAGGAUCUGAUGUCCAAACUGGAACCUCUCAUCAAAUCUUCUGGAAAAGAAGAGUUGAGGAAGAAUGUGGCAUGUUUGGAACAGAAGGGCAAGGGAAUAAAAUGUGAAUCACAAGCCCAAUUGGGACUGCUCCAGAGCUGCGCAACUCAGUGGCAGGAUUACCAGAAAGCAAGGGAAGAAGUUAUAGAACUGAUGAAUGAAGCAGAACAAAAAUUAUCUGAAUUCUCUGUGUCCAGAGCUUCUUCAAGCCAUGAGGCAGAAGAAAAAUUAUUAGAACACAAGUCACUGGUGUCUGUAGUGAACUCCUUCCAGGAGAGGAUUACUGCCCUGGAGGAAAGAGCUUCGCAAUUAGAACAAAUUGGAAAUGAUGCUAGCAAAGCCACCAUAAGUAGAUCAAUGACAACUGUCUGGCAGCGGUGGAAUCGUUUAUGCAGUGUCACACGAGACCAGGAAAACAUUUUGAAAGAUGCAGUAGAUGAAUGGCAAGCCUUCAAUAGCAAGGUCCAAAAAGCUACGGAGAAGAUAGACCAACUGCAAGAUAAAUUGCCCGGAAGCUCAGCCGAGAAAGCCUCCAAAGCAGAGCUCUCAAUGCUUCUGGACCACCAUGACACAUUUGUUCUGGAGGUGGAACAACAGCAAUCAGCUCUUGGUCUGCUAAAACAGCAGGCGAUGAACAUGCUGAGGGAUGUGGAAGUGGAGCCAGCUGCUGGAAAAAAGCCACCUGUCAUGCAAGAAAUCACAGCAAUGCAAGAUCGAUGCCACAACAUUCAGGAGAAGGUAAAGAAGAGUGGGAAAUUGGUAAAGCAAGAGCUAAAGGAGCGGGAAAUAGUAGAAACUGAGAUCAAUUCAGUGAAGUCAUGGAUUCAGGAAGCAAAGGAGUAUUUGAUGAGUCCUACAUUGGAAAUAGAUACUCAACUUGAUGAGCUGCAGGCUUUACUCACAGAAGCAGGAAUGCACCGCCAAGCCAUUGAGAAAAUUGCUGAAGAACAGCAGAAUAAGUAUCUGGGUCUCUUUGCAAUAUUGCCCUCUGAGCUCUCUUUGCAAUUAGCAGAAGUAGCUUUGGACUUAGGAGCCACGAAUGAUCAGAUCCAAGCCAAGGUAAAGGAAGGUCAGCAGAGCAAAGCAAUGAACCAAGAAUUCAGCCAGAAAAUUCAAGGAGUCACUAAAGAACUCACCACUAUUUUGACUAAGCUGAAAACCAAGACAAAUAAUUUAGCUCAGGCUAAAACUGACCAAAAGAUCCUGGGAGAGGAAUUGGACGCCUGCAAUGUAAAGCUGAUAGAGUUAGAUGUGGCAGUACGGGACUUUACAGAGCAGAACAGCCAACUGGCUAAGAAGCUGUCUAAGAAAAUAGGGAAACUGACUGAGCUGCACCAACAGACAAUCCGGCAGGCUGAGUACAGGCGCUCCAAACUCAAUCAGGCAGCUGCACAUCUAGAAGAAUACAAUGAGAUGCUGGAAUUCAUAUUAAAAUGGAUUGAGAAAGCAAAGAUCCUGAUGCAUGGUAACAUCACGUGGAAUUCUGCCAGUCAACUUCGAGAUCAAUUCAUUUCCCAUCAGUCCAUGUUGGAAGAGUCUGGAGAAAUCCAUAGCGAUCUGGAGGCCAUGAAUGAGAAGCUUGGAUACGUGGCUAGUGUGUACUGUACAGAUGGAAUGUCCCAGCAAGUGUCAGAACUGGGCCGGGAGACUGAGGAGUUACGGCAAGUGAUCAGAUUGCGGAUGCAGAAUCUACAGGAUGCUGCCAAGGAUAUGAAAAAGUUUGAAAUGGAGUUGAAAACCCUUCAGAAUGCUUUAGAACAAGCCCAGAUGACACUGACAUCUCCUGAGUUUGGACGGCUAAGUCUAAAAGAACAGCUUUCUCAUCGACAGCAUCUGUUGUCAGAAAUGGAAUCAUUGAAGCCUAAGGUUCAGGCUGUGCAAAUCUGUCAAGUUGCACUCCGCAUCCCAGAAGAGGUGGUUACCAGCUUACCCAUAUGCCACACAGCUCUCAGACUCCAGGAGGAAGCCAGUCGUCUGCAGCACACAGCUAUCCAACAGUGUAACAUAAUGCAGGAAGCCGUGGUCCAGUAUGAGCAGUAUGAACAAGAAAUGAAGCACCUACAGCAACUGAUAGAGGAGGCCCACCGUGAAAUCCAGGAUAAACCGGUGGCGACUAGUAAUAUCCAGGAACUGCAGGCCCAGAUUUCCCGCCAUGAGGAGCUGGCUCAGAAAAUCAAGGGUUACCAGGAGCAGAUAGCCUCUCUGAAUUCCAAGUGCAAGAUGUUAACUGAAGUAGAAGGGCUUUCAGAAGGAAUGGAGGAUUUCGAUACAGAGCUCCUUUCAACACACUCGGCUCAUCCUUCCGUGGUUAUGAUGACUGCGGGUCGCUGCCACACACUGCUUUCACCUGUCACUGAGGAGUCUGGGGAGGAGGGAACCAACAGUGAGAUUUCCUCUCCACCUGCCUGUCGCUCUCCUUCACCUGUGGCUAAUACAGAUGCUUCUGUUAACCAGGACAUUGCUUAUUACCAAGCCUUAUCUGCCGAACAGUUGCAGACAGAUGCUGCCAAGAUUCAACCCAGCACAUCCUCAACCCAGGAGUCCUAUGAACCAGGGCUAGAAUCAACUGCCAGUGCUAAAAUGGAUGAUCUGCAGCGAUCUUGGGAAACACUGAAGAAUGUGAUCAGUGAAAAGCAACGAACUCUUUAUGAAGCUCUUGAACGCCAACAGAAAUACCAGGAUUCCCUUCAGUCCAUCUCCUCAAAAAUGGAGGCUGUUGAAGUGAAACUGAAUGAAAGUCUAGAACCUGGCAAGAGCCCAGAAAGUCAGAUGGCUGAGCAUCAGGCUUUGAUGGAUGAGAUCCUCAUGUUACAAGAUGAAAUCAAUGAGCUUCAGACAUCGUUAGCAGAAGAGUUGGUGUUGAAAUCCCUGGAGAUGGAUGCCGCUGAUCAGUUGGCCUUGCAGUCGACACUCACCGUCUUAGCCGAGAGAAUGUCUACUAUCAAAAUGAAAGCUUCAGGCAAACGGCAGCUACUGGAGGAGAAAUUGAACGAGCAACUGGAAGAGCAGAGACAAGAACAGGCUCUGCAGAGAUAUCGCUGUGAGGCUGAUGAACUGGACCAUUGGUUAUUGAAUACUAAGGCUACUUUGCAUACCAGUUUGGUUACAUCCGAGGAGCCGAUGGACAUGGAAGAUCAGCUCAUUGACUGCCAGAAUAUGCUGGUGGAAAUUGAACAGAAGGUAGUGGCCUUGUCAGAACUGUCCAUUCACAAUGAAAACCUGCUCAUGGAAGGAAAGGCUCACACCAAGGACGAGGCCGAGCAUCUGGCGGUUAAGCUAAGGACGCUAAAGGGGAGUCUUCUGGAACUGCAAAGAGCCCUGUAUGAUAAGCAGAUCAACAUUCAAGGGACAUCACAGGAGAAGGAGGAAUGCGAAGCAGAGUUAGCAGCCGCACAAAAUCCAAGCGUCCAGGAAUGGUUGGCACAAGCUCGAACAACACGAAGCCAGCAGCAACAGAGCAGUCUCCAGCGACAAAAAGAACUAGAACAAGAGCUUGCAGAACAGAAGAACCUCCUUCGAUCAGUUGCAAGCCGUGGAGAAGAAAUCAUAACCCAACAUAAUACAGCAAUAGAUGGCUCUUCCCUUAGUGAAAAGCCUGAUGUGCUGUCUCAGGAGUUGGGUUUUGAAAGUGAGAAAACCUCCACUGAAGACCAAAUGAGAAUGAAGUGGGAAAGUUUGCAUCAGGAAUUCAGUACCAAGGAAAAACUCCUAAAGGAUGCUUUAGAACAAGAACAAGAGCAACUGCUGUACAGCAGACCCAAUAGACUGCUCGUGGGCGUGCCACUCUACAAAGGAGAAGGACAGACCCAAGAUAAGUCUUCGGUAGCAUCUUUGCUGGAUGGUUUGAACCAGGUGUUUGAAGAGGUCUCAUCUCAGAAUGGAGGGGCGGAGGGGCAAAAUGUUCACUUGGAACAAAAACUAUAUGAUGGUGUCUCAGCUACGUCUACUUGGUUAGAUGAUGUUGAAGAGCACCUGUUCGUUGCUACAGCCCUCUUACCAGAAGAAACGGAAACUUGCCUCAAUAACCAGGAAACCCUCGCUAAAGAUAUUAAGGAGAUGUCUGAAGAAAUGGAUAAGAACAAAAAUUUGUUUUCCCAAGCAUUUCCUGAGCAAGGUGAAAACCGAGAUGUUAUAGAAGAUACUUUGGGUUGUCUUUUGGGGAGAUUAUCCUUGCUGGAUUCUGUGGUAAACCAACGAUGUCAUCAGAUGAAGGAAAGACUCCAGCAGAUACUGAAGUUCCAGAAUGAUCUGAAGGUACUCUUUACCUCCCUGGCAGAUAAUAAAUACAUCAUUCUACAAAAACUGGCAGAUGUGAUUGAACAACCUGCAGCAGAACAAAUAGAGGCAAUACAACAGGCUGAAGAUGGUCUGAAGGAGUUAGAUGCAGUGAUUGUUGAAUUAAAGAGACGUGGUGAUAAGCUUCAGGUUGAUCAACCAUCCACGCAAGAACUCUCCAAACUCCAGGACACGUACGAUGAAUUGAUAAUGACCAUUGGCUCAAGACGUAGUGGACUGAACCAAAAUCUGGCACGUAAAAAGCAGUACGAACGGCUGCUCCAGGAUCUUGCUGACUUAUCGGAAACUGGUCAAGAAAAGAUGUCAGGAAGUCAAAAAAUGAUCGUUUCUUCCAAAGAAGAAGUUCAACAAGCACUUGACAAGCACAAGGAGUAUUUUCAGGGCCUUGAAUCUCACAUGAUCUUGACUGAGACACUAUACAGAAAGAUCAUCAGUUUUGCACUACCAAAGGAAACCCGGUUUCAUUCAGAACUGAUGGAUCAGGCAUCUGUGGUGUUGAAACGAGCUCACAAGAGGGGAGUGGAACUAGAGUAUAUUCUCGAGACCUGGUCCCAUCUUGAUGAUGAUUAUCAGGAACUCAUACGACAACUGGAAGCUGUUGAAAAUAGCAUCCCAAGUGUUGGUUUGGUGGAGGAGACUGAGGAAAGGCUAACGGAUAGGAUUGCUCUCUACAUGCGGCUUAAAUCAAGUUUAACUGAAUACCAGCCCAAAUUGUACCAAGUAUUGGAUGAUGGGAAAAGACUGUUAAUUUCCAUUAGCUGUUCAGAUCUUGAAAGCCAGCUGAACCAACUAGGAGAACGUUGGUUAAAUAAUACCAACAAGGUUAACAAGGAAUUGCACAGAUUGGAGACAAUACUGAAACACUGGACAAGAUACCAAAGUGAAUCUGCUGAACUUACUCGUUGGUUGCAAAGUGCAAUGGACAGGCUAGAAUUCUGGUCCCAACAAUCUGUGACAUUCCCACAAGAACUUGAAACAGUCCGAGACCACCUAAAUGCUUUCUUAGAAUUUUCUAAAGAAGUUGAUGCCAAGUCAUCUCAGAAAUCAUCUGUUCUGAGUACCGGAAACCAGCUCCUUCGACUGAAGAAAGUGGAUACUGCUGCAUUGCGAUCUGGGCUGUCCCAGAUUGACAGCCAGUGGACGGAACUGCUUACCCAUAUUCCAGUAGUUCAGGAAAAACUGCACCAGCUCCAAAUGGAUAAACUGCCUUCUCGCCAUGCUAUUGCUGAAGUCAUGAGUUGGAUUUCUCUUAUGGAAAGUGUCAUUCAGCAGGAUGAAGAAAACAUUGCAAAUAUAGUAGGCUUCAAGUCAGUUCAUGAGUACCUGCAGAAGUAUAAGGGUUUCAAGAUUGACAUCAAUUGUAAGCAGUUGACCGUUGACUUUGUGAACCAAUCAGUGCUUCAGAUCAGCAGUCAGGAUGUGGAGAGUAAACGCAGUGAUAAGACUGAUUUUGCUGAGCGGCUUGGAACGAUGAAUAGACGCUGGCAGAUUUUGCAGGGUUUGGUAACUGAAAAGAUCCAGUUGCUGGAGGGUUUAUUGGAAUCUUGGACAGAAUACGAUAGUAAUGUGAAGUGUCUGAAAAUCUGGUUUGAAACUCAAGAGAUGAGACUUAAGGAACACCACAGAAUUGGAGAUCAGGCUUCAGUCCAGAAUACAUUGAAAGACUGUCAGGAACUAGAAGAGUUAAUUAAAGCAAAGGAAAAGGAAAUAGAGAAAGUAGAACAGAAUGGACUUUCCCUGGUCCAGAACAAGAAAGAAGGAGCCUCUGCCGUUGUUAUAAAUACUUUAGGAGAACUCAACCACUGCUGGGCGAAUUUGGAUCAUCAGGUUGGGCAGUUAAAGAUAUUUUUACAGUCCAUUCUUGAUCAGUGGGGCAUUUACAAAGUAGCUUCUGAUGAGUUGAAUAGUUACCUAAUGGAAGUCAGAUAUUCUCUGUCCCGUUUCCGUCUUCUCACUGGUUCCAUGGAAGCUGUCAAAGUGCAAGUAGAAAACCUCCAGGGCCUUCAGGAUGAACUAGAAAAUCAGGAGAACAGGUUACAGAAAUUUGGCUCUGUGACCAAUCAGCUAUUAAAGGAUUGUCACCCCCCAGUUACUGAAACUUUAACCAAUAUCCUGAAAGAAGUCAACAUGAGGUGGAAUAACUUGCUAGAAGAGAUUACAGAGCAGCUUCAUUCCAGUAAGGCCUUAUUUCAGCUGUGGCAGAGGUACAAAGACUACUAUAAGCAGUGUGCUUCUACGAUACAGCAGCAUGAAGAUCGAAGCAGUGAGCUGUUGAAGGCAGCUACUAACAAGGAUAUUGCUGAUGAUGAAGUAGCUAUUUGGAUUCAAAAUUGUAAUGAACUCCUAAAAAGCCAGAAGACAGUCCAAGAUUCUCUGUUUGUUCUCCAUGAACUAGGAGAUCAACUCAAGCAACAAGUGGAUUCUUCUGCAGCCUCAGCCAUCCAAUCUGACCGACUGUCUUUGAGUCAACGCUUGUCAGCCUUAGAACAGGCUCUUAGCAGGCAGCAAACUAUGUUACAGACUGGCGUUCUUGACUAUGAGACAUUUUCGAAGAGUUUGGAUGGCCUGGAGGCUUGGAUUGUGGAAGCUGAAGAAGUACUAACAGGGCAGGACCCCAGCCACUCAUCUGAUCUCUCGACAAUUCAGGAUAGGAUGGAAGAACUUAAAGGACAGAUGUUAAAAUUCAGUAGCAUGGUUCCAGAUUUGGAUCGUCUAAAUGAGCUGGGAUACCGGCUACCCCUGAGUGAUAAGGAAAUCAAAAGGAUGCAGAAUUUGAACAGACGCUGGUCCCUCAUCUCUUCUAACACCACAGAAAGAUUCAGCAAGUUGCAGUCAUUCCUACUGCAGCACCAGACGUUCCUGGAGAAAUGUGAAACAUGGAUGGAGUUCUUGCUUCAGACAGAACAGAAGUUGGCGGUGGAAAUUUCUGGCAAUUUCCAGCAUCUUUUAGAACAGCAGAGGGCACAUGAGUUGUUUCAAGCAGAGAUGUUCAGUCGCCAGCAGAUUUUGCAUUCAAUCAUCAUUGAUGGCCAGCGCCUACUAGAACAAGGACAAGUGGAUGACAGGGACGAGUUCAACCUGAAGUUGACACUACUCAGCAAUCAGUGGCAGGGAGUCAUUCGCCGGGCCCAACAGAGGAGGGGAAUCAUUGACAGCCAGAUCCGCCAGUGGCAGCGCUAUAGGGAAAUGGCAGAGAAACUUCGUAAAUGGUUGGUGGAAGUCUCUUACCAACCAGUGACCGGACUGGGAAGUGUUCCUAUCCCACUGCAGCAAGCCAGAACCCUGCUCGAUGAAAUACAGCUCAAAGAAAAAGUUCUUUUACGGCAACAAGGGAGCUACAUUCUAACUGUGGAAGCUGGAAAGCAGCUGCUGCUGUCUGCCGACAGUGGGGCGGAGGCAGCCCUCCAGGCGGAGCUGACUGAAAUCCAGGAUAGGUGGAAGUCAGCCAGUACUCGCCUGGACCAACAGAAGAAAAAGCUUUCCUUUCUCCUCAAAGACUGGGAAAAAUGUGAAAAAGGAAUAGCCGAUUCCCUGGAAAAACUAAGAGCUUUCAAGAAAAGGCUUUCCCAGCCAUUACCAGAUCAUCAUGAUGAGCUGCAUAUCGAGCAAAUGCGCUGCAAGGAGUUGGAAAAUGCCGUUGGAGGUUGGACUGAUGACUUGACACAUCUAGCCCUUCUGAAAGACACUUUAUCCACAUACAUCAGUCCUGAUGAUAUUUCCAUCCUCAAUGAACGCAUCGAACUGUUGCACAGGCAGUGGGAAGAGCUGUGUCAUCAGGUCUCCUUACGGCAGCAGCAAGUGAAUGAGAGAUUGAAUGAGUGGGCAGUCUUCAGUGAGAGGAACAAGGAACUCUGUGAGUGGCUGACUCAAAUGGAAAGUAAAGUUUCACAAAAUGGAGACAUCCUUAUUGAAGAAAUGAUAGAGAAGCUCAAGAAGGAUUACCAAGAGGAAAUUGCAGUUGCCCAAGAGAAUAAAAUCCAACUCCAGCAAAUGGGAGAACGACUUGCAAGAGCUAGCCAUGAGAGCAAAGCAUCAGAAAUUGAAUACAAACUUGGAAAGGUGAAUGACAGAUGGCAACAUCUACUAGAUCUGAUUGCAGCCAGGGUGAAGAAACUGAAGGAGACGUUGGUCGCCGUGCAGCAGCUGGAUAAGAACAUGAGCAUCUUGAGAUCCUGGCUCUCCCACAUUGAGUCAGAGCUGUCCAAGCCCAUUGUCUACGAAACCUGCGAUUUUGAGGAAAUACAAAGGAAGCUGAAUGAGCAGCAGGAACUUCAGAGAGACAUAGAGAAACACAGCACUGGUGUUGCUUCAGUUCUUAACCUGUGCGAAGUGCUGCUCCAUGACUGCGAUGCCUGUGCUACAGAAACUGAGUGUGACUCCAUUCAGCAGGCCACCCGCAACCUGGACAGGCGAUGGAGAAACAUCUGUGCAAUGUCUAUGGAAAGGAGACUCAAAAUUGAAGAGACGUGGCGAUUAUGGCAGAAGUUCCUGGACGACUAUUCUCGCUUCGAAGAUUGGUUAAAGAUUGCGGAGAGCACGGCUGCCUUCCCCAGCUCUUCAGGGGUGCUGUACACAGUUGCUAAGGAAGAGCUAAAGAAAUUUGAGGGCUUCCAGCGACAAGUACAUGAAAGCCUAACCCAGUUGGAACUGAUCAACAAACAGUAUCGUCGUUUAGCCCGAGAGAACCGCACAGAUUCUUCCUGCAGACUAAAACAGAUGGUUCAUGAAGGCAACCAGAGAUGGGACAACCUCCAGAGACGUGUCACAUCCAUCCUGCGCAGGCUCAAGCAUUUUAUUGGCCAGCGUGAGGAGUUUGAAACAGCACGUGACAGCAUUUUGGUCUGGCUAACAGAGAUGGACUUGCAGUUGACCAAUAUUGAACACUUUUCAGAAUGCGACGUUCAAGCUAAAAUAAAACAACUUAGGGCCUUCCAGCAAGAAAUUUCACUGAACCAAAGUAAAAUUGACCAGAUCAUUGUCCAAGGUGGGCAGCUGAUUGAAAAGAGCGAACCAAUGGAUGCGGCCAUCAUUGAAGAGGAACUGGAUGAACUCUGGAGGUACUGUCAGGAGGUGUUUGGUCGUGUGGAGCGGUAUCACAAGAAACUGAUCCGCCUUCCGUUAACAGAUGAUGAGCCCGACCUGUCUGACAGAGAAAUGGAUAUGGAUGAAUCAGCAGAUCUUUCCGACCUCCACUGGCCUGACAAAUCCACAGACAACGUUCUCUCCCCUCAUCCGUCUUCCAACCUAUCCCUUUCCCUUGCCCAGCCUCUCCGGAGUGAGAGGUCGGGACGAGAUACCCCUGCGAGCGUGGACUCCAUCCCCCUGGAAUGGGAUCAUGACUAUGAUCUUAGUCGUGACCUGGAAUCAGCUGUUUCCCAAAACCUGCACUCAGAGGAUGAAGAAGGUCAAGACAACAAAGAGUUCUAUAUUAGGGGAGCUGCUGGAUUAGCAGAUAUAGUGAUACCUGAAAGCCCCGAGGCCUAUGUAAAACUCACUGAAAAUGCAAUCAGACAUAUCUCUGGGGAGCCGAGCUCCUUAGAAACACACAUCCGACAACUUGACAAAGCCUUAGAUGCCAGCCGUCUCCAGAUGCAGCAGACAGAAAAUAUCAUCCGCAGCAAAACACCCACCGGUCUUGAGCUAGACUCCAGUUACAAAGGAUACUUGAAACUUCUAGGUGAGUGCAGUGGCAGUAUAGAUGCAGUAAAGAGACUGGGGUUCAAACUGAAAGAGGAAGAAGAGAAGUUCUCUGGUUUUAUUAACCUGAACAGUAUGGAAACACAAACAGCAGGUGUGAUUGAUCGAUGGGAGCUGAUCCAGGCUCAGGCUCUUAACAAGGAACGGAGGAUGAAGAAGAACCUCCAGCAGUGGCAGCAAUUCAAUUCCGAUCUGGCCAGCAUUUGGACCUGGCUGGGAGAAACUGGAGACGAGCUGGAGCAGCUGCAGCGCUUGGAUCUCAGCACAGACAUUCAAACCAUCGAGCUCCGAAUUAAGAAGCUCAAGGAACUUCAGAAAGCAGUCGAUCACCGGAAAGCCAUUAUCCUUUCCAUUAACUUGUGCAGCUCAGAGUUCAUCCAGUCUGACAGUGAAGAAAGCAAGGACCUGCAGGAACGCCUGACCCAGAUGAAUGGAUCCUGGGACAGAGUAUGCAGCAUGCUGGAAGAAUGGCGGGGCUCUCUGCAAGAUGCAUUAAUGCAGUGUCAGGAUUUCCAUGAGAUGAGCCAUGGGUUGCUGCUCUGGUUGGAGAACAUUGACAGGCGAAAAAAUGAAAUUGUGCCCAUCAAUCCAAGCCUGGACUCAGAUACCUUGCAGGACCAUCACAAAAUGCUUACGCAAAUCAGGCGUGAAUUGCUGGAGUCCCAAUUGAAGGUGGCGUUACUUCAGGACAUGUCCUGCCAAUUGCUUGUCAAUGCCGAAGGCCAGGACUGCUUAGAAGCCAAAGAGAAAGUGCACGUCAUUGGAAAUCGGCUUAAGCUUCUCUUGAAGGAAGUUAGCCACCAUAUCAAGGACCUGGAGAAGAUUUUAGACCUGUCAAGCAGCCAACUGGAUUUGUCAUCUUGGUCUUCAGCUGAUGAAUUGGACACCUCAGGAUCUGUGAGCCCCGGGUCUGGAAGGAGCACCCCCAACAAGCACAAAACGCCACGGGGCACAUGUAGUGUCUCACAGCCUGGACCCUCUGUCAGCAGUCCACAUAGCAGGUCCACAAGAGAUGGCUCAGAUUCCUUCCAUUCUGAGUCCCAGCCGGCUCAACCACAUCAGUCCUUCUUCCUCCGGGUCCUACAGGCCGCUCUGCCGCUCCAGCUUUUCCUGCUGCUCUUGGUCGGUCUUGCCUGCCUCGUGCCAAUGACCGAGGAAGACUACAGCUGUGCCCUCUCCAACAAUUUUGCCCGGUCCUUCCACCCUAUGCUCAGAUAUACGAACGGCCCCCCUCCUCUGUGAAUUAGCAGAAAGACUCCCCCACAUCCCCUCUGUUUUUCUAGCAGUACUAUGGUACUGGUACGAGGAAUGUCUGGCAAAAGCCAUAUCAGAAAUGGACCUUUAUCGAGUUUGAAUGCACAUAACAGUGGCAGCUUUUUCACUAUCUGUAACCUCUGUGGGCUUAGGAUCACACCGACAGCAGGUGAAUAUUCAUGAGGUAUCAGACCCAAAGUGCUUAAACCAUUUUGGGAAACAGUUCACUUCAAAGCACAGAGUCCAGGCUCAGGCACGGAGUAAGAACCUCUGGUUUCUGGAUCCUGAGCCACUUGAGUUCUGGGCUUCUGAAAGGCCAACCGACUUUAGUUGUCAGGUCUGUCUGAGUACCUUUCCUAUGUGCUGCUCUACUGAUCUGUUAGCCAAUCCUUCAUAAAAUCCCCUAUCAGUAUUGAACAGUGUACAAGCCAACCAACCAGCGUGAAGAAGAUUUUAGAACCUUGUAACAUACACUUUUAAAGAGCUUAUAUGGCAGCUUACUUUUUCCUUGGUUUUGUUUCAGCAUGACUCUCUAACCUCUGCUCGAGAUGCCCAGGCUGUAAAUCUUAAAGGCACAUUUCUAUGGUUUAAAAAAAAAAAACAAACCUGGAUGUAAUAAGGUCACGGAAGGUUUCAUGAAGAAAACUAUUGAGUGUUAAGUAUAAAAAAAACACAUUUAUGUAUGUACAGUUUGCUAAAGCCAAAUUUUAUUUGUAUUGAUUUCUUUGCAUUUAUUAGAGAUACCGUAAAAUAUUUUGUCCGUGUUUUUUAAUGAAAAUAUAGAAGGAUCUAAUUUUAAUUUUUAAGCCAUGAAUGGUAAAAUAUAACCACAUAUAG